AUGGCCUUCAAAGUUAGCAAAUGUGCAGAGGAAGACAAGGUGACUUAUGCUGCUUUUAUGAUGAAGUAUGAAGCCCUAUUCUGGUGGGAAAGAAAUACCAACCUAAGGGGCGAAGAAGCUGUAGCAAGGAUGUCAUGGGAUGAGUUCAAGGUGCUGUUCAACGAGAAGUUCUGCCCAAGAACUGUUGUAAAACAGUUGGAAGAAGAAUUCUUGAGGUUAGAACAAGGAAGCUUAACGGUCAGGGAGUAUAUGACCAGCUUCACAGAGAAGGCUAGAUUCUCAGAGCACUAUGUCUCUACUAAGGAGAGACGGGUAGAGCUCGAAGUUAGAGAAAAUGAAAUCGUCCGCCAAGAAUCCGAGCGGGGCCAGUUGAAGAGGAAAUGGGAGGGUUCAAACAACGAAGCCCGAAGACAAAAAGCUGGGAACUCGGAAAGGAAGGUAUGGCAAGGACAAUCGGGCAAACCAUGUCCUAAAUGCAACCUUGUGCAUAAAGGAGAAUGCCUAGUUAAGCCCAGGGUCUGCUACCGGUGUGGGAAGGCUGGACACUUGUCCCAAGACUGCAGAAUGGAACGAAGAGAGAGAUUAUGCUACAUGUGCAAGUCACCCAAUCAUGUGCAAGCAGACUGCCCACAAAGGAAGAAGGAUGUUACGGCCAUUCAAGGAGGAAGCAGACGUGAGAAAGGAGAUGAACGACGACUAGAAACACCAAGACCAAAAGGGAGGGUGUUCCAAAUGACUACAACCGAGGUUGAGGAAACCCCAAAUGUGUAA